AUGAUUUUCAAAAGAUUAGCUGAAAAGAUAGAGAGUCAUCGGAUGGAAGAUCUAGUCUUUUUAAAAGCAAGACAGGAAGUCUUACUAGUCUUUAUAGCUAAGUAUAUGAAGAGAGUGCAGAUAUCAGCUUAUGAGUAUAGAAUAGGGGUGGUUUGGGGUAGCAAAAGAUUAUGGCUGGCUUAUUUUGGUAAGGCAUGGGGUAGAGAGAUUAAUAAGGGACAAAAAGUAGAAGUAAUAGGUAAGUUAGUAGAGAUAGAUAAGAAAAAAACAUUCUUAUCUUUUUAUCUAAAAAUAGUAUAA